GGGGACUUCCAGCAGCUGCCUCCACUGCUCUGUGCUGGGAUCAUGCGACUUGCCUCGCUGUGCAUGCUGGUGGUGUUUGCUGGUGUGAUUCCAGCCCAGGGCGGGAUACUGGACCUGAACAAGAUGAUCAGACGAGUGACGGGGAAGAGACCCAUCUUCUCCUAUUUUCUCUAUGGCUGUCACUGCGGAUUUGGUGGCAAAGGCCAACCCAAAGAUGCCACAGACUGGUGCUGCCACAUCCAUGACUGCUGCUACGCUCACCUGAAGCACCACAAAUGCAAUAUUCACUUGGAUCGCUACAGCUACAAGUCUUCCCAGGGGAACAUCCAGUGCUCUGACAAGGGGAGCUGGUGUGAGCAGCAGCUGUGCACCUGUGACAAGGAGCUGGCGCUCUGCCUGCAGCGGAACCUGGACACCUACAAGAACCACCUGCGUUACUACUGGCGGCCCAGCUGCAAGGGCCAGACCCCCACGUGCUAGGAGGAGCCCCCUGCACCGUGCCACGCCCCCUACCCCGCUCCUGGCUUCUUGAGCUCCGGAAGUCCUGCAGGACCACUGCCACCCCCUCAGGAUCUAACCCCUGAACCAGCCUGGCUUCUUUAAAGCACUCCCUGGAAAAGGGAGGGUCUUGGCCUUCCCCCACCCACCCCCCACCUUGCCUCUUGGACCUUCUAAAUCUUCCCAGCCAAGGCAGCAGCUGUCUCCCCUGAGGGUGGAAUGGGGUCUUAGGAAAGGCCAAGGCCAGGGAGCCCCCAGGGAUGGUGUUUAGGCCAAAGCAGCGGGCGUUGGGCGUGGGGUCUGGGGGCGAGGUGCAGCAGAUUCUUCCUCUACUGCCGCUCCAGGCACCCCCCUCCCCAGGUCCCCCCCCACCAGUCCAAUGCACCGUCCAAGCUGCCACUGGAGUGGCCUCUCUAAAGGGUGAUAUUGAUCUUUUUGUCUGCAUGACUCUACUUCUUAAAACCCCAAGGUCCUCCACCACCCAGGAUAGGGGCGGAGUUUGGGACCUGCACUGUCUGGCACUGUGUCCCUCUCCCUUGGAAGCUUGGGGAUCCUUGCGGGCAUGGCCUGUGUCUGUCUUGGACUCAGUUGCAUCCCUGGUGCCCAAAGCAGUGCCCAGAACCCAGAAGGGACUCCGUAAAUGCUUUUUGAGGGAAGGGCUUGUCGACUUAAAAAAAAAAAACGUAACAUGAGAGCUGCGAGUUAAGUUUUAUUUGGAGCAAAAUGAGGACUAUAGCCUGGGAGACAGCACCUCAGAUAGCUCUGAGAAACUGCUCCAAAGAGGUAGGGGGGAAGAUCAAUAUAUAUGUGAUUUUGGUGAAGGGGGAGCACAGGCCAUCGAGCACAUUUUUUUGCAGAAGUUUGCUGCUAGUCUCGUGAAGGUUACGGCCAGUCACGAGGAACAGAAAUCACCGUGAAGUAUUUUAGUGCUUUUCUAGAUUUGAGGAGAUCCAAGUAUUGGGCUCAUAAAAUCAGCUCCUGAAAAUAUCUAACUAUCUAAAGGCCUGUUCUGCCAGUGUUUCCCAGAGCACAGAGGGCCUCAUUUCUGCUCUCCACCCUGAACUCCUUUCAAGGGGUGUUGAAGGUCAGAGGCUGCAGCAGCUCGUGAUUGAGUCCUUGUAGAGGUAGUUGGCAAGGGCCAGUGGCAAGUGUCAAUUUGCUGUUGACAGGCUGGACCAAGCAGCC